CCCAUCUCUCUCUCUCUCUCUCUCUCUCUCUCUCUCUCUCCUUCUCCGUGGUUUCAUCAAAGACAGAGUUGCUUAUGGAUCAAAAUGAUUCAGAAGCCCCUGCUUACCAAACCCAAGAUCAAACUCAAGUUCAGUACGAAGUAGCCAAUGAAACCAAUUUUGCUACUUCAACUACCCACCAGGAGAAUUAUAUCAAUGAGGAGUACCAACAGCCAGAUCCAUAUCAACCCCAAAAUAACCCACCACCCCAACAAAACGAACAACCACCACCACCACCGCCCCCGGCGGCCCAACAGCAACCACAACAAUACCCGCCACCGCAACAAGUUUAUCAGGCCUAUGGUGCUCCUCCAUCUGGUCGGCCAGCCCAGUUUCCUGCACAAAGCCCAAUGAACAACCCUGCAAUGUAUCAAAAUGGGUUCCAACCUCAAAACAAUGCUCCCUACACAAAUGGGCUGAAUCAGCAGCAGACAGCAUACCCACCGCAAGGCCCACAGUUCGCACAAGCCCGGCCUGCUCAGUUCCCAGCCCAAAGCCCUCAAAACAACCCAAUGUACGCGAAUGGGAUUAAUAACCCAACCGCAUACCCACCUCAAGGCCCACAUCCCACAACAGGGAAUAAUUAUAAUCCUCAACCCAAUUUCCCUCCAAAACCUGCAACACAAGCUUUCUCGCAGGCAAAUAUGCAAAUUCCAACUUCGCCAGUUAAUUACGGUAUUCCGGUGAAGCAAAAUACAUAUGUACUGCAGACGACCGGGAACGAGGGCUGGACAUCCGGGUUGUUUGAUUGCAUGAAUGAUCCCAUGAAUGCUCUAAUGACAGCUUUCUUCCCCUGCUUGACGUUUGGACAGAUUGCAGAAAUUGUUGACGAGGGACAUACCACUUGCGGGACAAGUGGAAUAUUGUACGGUGCGAUUGCUUUCUUGAUUGGAUGUCCAUGUAUCUUGUCGUGUACAUACCGUACAAAGAUGAGGAACAAAUACGGACUGGUGGAAGCCCCUGCACCGGAUUGGGCCACCCACUUCCUCUGUGAGUGGUGCGCUCUUUGUCAAGAAUACAGAGAACUUAAUCAAAGAGGCCUCGACCCUUCCAUCGGAUGGCAGGGAAAUGUUGUAAGAAUGCAGCAGCAGCAGCAGCAACAAGUUGCUAUGAUGCCUCCAAUGAACCAGACGAUGAUGGGUUGACUCCAAAGGAAAGGGAAAAAAAAAAAAGAAUUAUGUAACUUUCUGUGUGUUUUCUGUUUUCUUGUUUUUCUGAGGUGUGUCGCCUUUUUUUUAAUCAAUAAAGAUGGUGUGACCAAGUUUAAAUUUGACAA